AAAAACAACAAACCAACAAAAACCCUUCUCUCCUUCAAGGAUUUUCACGUGAACUGUGAAUUGCUCCCCCUUGCUGCUACUGCCCAGCCGCCGCCGCCCUUCCGGCGACCAACCACCCGACCACUAGUCGUCCUCCACUCGCAACACCGCGACCCAGGCCAGCCGACCACCGCACGCAGCCACCGGCGAUCCCUAACGCCGCAACCUCUGGCCGCAGCCACCCCGCCUAGCCGCGCCACCCUGUCCACCGGCCAACACUCCCCUCUCCCUCUCGAAUUGGCGGAGAAUUAUCUUUAGGCAACUUUUGAAAGUGUUAAAGUGGCCUAUCAGUUUGUUUACACAAGGGUUGUUCGUUUAACCAAGAGAAACAACCACAGCAGCAACAACAACUGCAACAACAACACCAACAACACCAACAGCCCUGGUUCAUAAAUGAUGUGCUUGGAGCACAUAAAGGUGCACUAGUGACUCAACUCGGUGAUGACAAGGAUAUGCCACAACAAUAGGCACACCCCAGUGAGGAAGCAAAAGUCCCUUCUACAAUUGAGGUAAGAAUUAAAUACACUUAACACAACCAUUGUAUUUAUUUUUUAAACGUUUUUGUUCUAAUGUUCUUUUUCAUACAACGAAUUUUCUUUUACAUCCUCAAUAUGUUCUUUUUUCCUACCAUGUUCUUUUGCAUUCUUUGUUUAUGUUCUUUUUAUCAAACACUAGUUCUUUACAUUCUUGAACAUGUUCUUUUAUAAGUUUAUUCAUGUUAUUUAAGCAUGUUCUUUUAUUUCUUAAAAGAUGUUCUUUCUAUCAAGCAACUAGUUCUUUACAUUCUUGAACAUGUUCUUUUAUAAGUUUAAGCAUGUUAUUUAAGCAUGUUCUUUUAUUUCUUAAAAGAUGUUCUUUCGAUCUUUAAGAAUGUUUUUUAGCUCUUGACGUAUGUUCUUUCAACACCCUCCCUUGUUCUUUUGUUUCAUUCGAAUUUUCUUUUUAAUCAUUCAGUCCUUUAAUGACAUUCUUUAUUUUUGUUAUUGUUAAACAUGAAUUCCAUGCUGAAUUCAUUAAAACCACUACUGAACUCAGUAGUGUCAUGAACAAGUUCAACGACUUAUUGUCGUUGUCCAGAAAGUUCUUUGACACUACUAGCGAUGUCAAAAAAAGUUUGCCAUUCAAUAUGGCAAAAAUGUGGUCAAAAUUCUUUGGAACUGAAAUUCCAGUUAAUCUUGAGAAGGGCAAGUCUACACAAGAGGAGCAAGAAGGAAGGAAGACUGAGGAGAUUGGUUCAAUCCUCAGUCAAGACAAAGAAUUUUUCAGCUCAGACUACUUCACAAUACUAUUUGAUGAAGCAGUACGAAAGGCAACAGUGGGAAAUGAAAGAAAGGAAACAGAGGAAUCUGAGGAUGUUUCAUUAGAUUUGCCACCAUUUUUAACACCUCCGAAUAUGCCUUCCCAGCCUAAUGUGUUUGGUGAUUUGACAUUGAAGCUUGGAAUGCCUUCCGCUUCAAAUCCUCCUCCUUAGGCACACGACUAUGACGAGGAAAUGAAUUUGGAAGUAAUCUUGGCAAACAAAACUUUAACUGGACGUGAUUUGGAGACAAUUUCCGGGGACAACAAAGAUGAUGCUGACAAACAACAACCACCUACAGAAAAAACUGAAGUCUGAAAGUGUGAGAUCAGAUAUGGAAGAUUUAAACAAAAGAGCUGAAGAUGGAAACCCAAUAUCUCCAAGCGUUAUAACUGAAGAAUCCAAGUUUAAGACUCCGACUGCCGUUGAGUCGCAGACUGAAAUGGAAACUCCGUCAAUGUUCUUGAACACUCCGAGCGCGGUUUACUCGCAAACAGAAAAUGUAACUCCAUCUAUGAACAUAAAUGAGGAAGGGGAUCCAGAUAUGGUACAAGUACCUGCACUUGUUAAGAGAAAGAAAAAUAUUCCCAUCAAGUUACUGUCACCCUUCUUAACUCAGUAUUCACACCUACUGAUUGGGGAAGAUCAGUUGGAUCAAAAAGAAAAGGACAUGCGAUGCUUACUGAAUUAUGCAUUUGGAGAAGGAAGACCAACUCAGGUGUUGCACACUGAUGAUUGGAAAAUAGUUACUAGAGUAGAGUUUCAAACCCUAGCAGCUCCGGAUGUCUGGGUGAUGAAUAAUGUUAUUGACACUUUUGCAAGAAUACUGAAUGAUGAUCCAGAUCAAAGUGUCAAGAGUAACUUGAAAUUCUAUUUCUCGACAAUUCCUUUAAAUAUGCUAUGCCAGAAUGAUCCGUAUGGUGGAUCACAGGAUAGCCAAGCAACCGAGGAGAAACGGUUGGAAAAUUUUAUUGUAAGGUGUAAGGCAUGAGUAUGUAACCGCUGGUGUUAAGUCUUUAAAGGGAUUCCAUCUGUUGUUCUUUCCGGUGUGGUCUGAUGAUCAUUUUUAUUUGAUUGUAAUCAACCAGAAGGCGAAGAAGGUGGAGAUCAUUGACAAGCUCACUUUACCUGAAGGAAUAACAUAUGAUGAUAAAUAUAAGACAUUUGCAGAAAGAACUUUUGAAGCAUGGACGAUAUUUGCAGCACAAGAGGGACCUCCAUUGAGGAAGACACAAAUUUCGACAUAUGAAAAGGUGUUGCUUGAAAUGCCAUGGAAAGAUAGAAUAAACAAGACUGAUUGUGGGGUAUAUGCAAUGAGGCAUAUGGAGACCUACAAAGGAAACCAGACUUGGAAUUGUCGCUUCAAAAACACAGAUGAAGAUAAGGACUACAUUUGCAAGUCGAGAAUGCGGUACGGUGGUGAAAUCUUAUUAUCCGCUCUGAACAAAAGGCAUGAGCUAAUGUAUCUCGCAUUGAAGAGAGCUAAUCAAGUAGAAUAGUUGGUGUGCUUUCAUGAAGGCAGGAACAUAGUUACUUUUCAUUAGAAGUAUUCUUUUAAAAACAAUGGUUUAUUCUAUAGAUAUCAGUGUAGUUAUUGUUGAAAUUAUGGGUUGUUCUUUUGAACAUGUGUCGUGUUCUUUUCUAAACAAUUAGAUGUUCUAUUAGUUGCAGAUAUGAAUGUUGUCUAGAUAGUUUGGAUAUUUUAAGCAAGUAUUUCAAUUAAAGGUUCCAAAGUUGUUCUUUCACUCUUUUA